CAUCAAUAAUUUCUAAGCACUCAUUGCAAGUUCCAUAAUUUCUUUGCUUAUGUUUGCCUGCAUCCUCUUGGUUUAUGGAAGUAACCAAACUUGCACUAUUUAAACUUCAACUUAGUUGUGUUAACUUUUGUUCUUUUUGGAUCUUAUCUUAUCAAUCUUCUUUUGUAGUAACUUCGGAGAGGUAAGUCAGGGGUUGGUACUAAGAGAUGCCUUUUUUCGGACUUUCAAAGCAGAAGAAGACUACACCAUGAAUUGCAAGAUGAGUUUGUGAAUUCUGGCUGCUGUCUUCUUUUCCUGUCAAGAUAAAUUAUUGAUGCAAAUUGAUGGAGUGCCCUGAUUCAUGGAGGUUUCACCUACAAGGGUUACAUACAACUUGAUCAAGGUAUCUGCCAUGAAUCAGGAUGAAGAACCAAAUAGUCCUGGCUGAAGGGGCCACUGCCCUUGAGGUUGGCCAUAAUCUUAGGUCUGGUAAUGCCUUGUCAAACGUAACAGAAUGAAAGCGAAACAACUGCUUUGUUUUGAUAUAUGUUGCUUGUUUAACGCGAUUUCCUCUGCUGUAGACUGUUGCUUCGUCCCUUUGAUGCUUAAUCGCACCUUAUUCUAUCGCCCGUCUCUUCAUUCGACGUCUCCUUAACUUUCGAUCAAGCACGCUAAAGACUAAAUCAGGACAAUUAUAUAUCGGCAACAGAAUUCCAGAUGCAUAAAACUUCUUGGAAGAUUGGUUUUUUCGAUAUUUUUUCAGAUUUCUAUCUUUCAUUUCAUUUUUUUAUUUUACAUCAGGAUAAUACAAUUAAGAUCUGUUACUUGCAUAUGAGGUUUUAAACUUUGAUUAGAUGGAAAAUCUAGCUGUAUUUGACAUAUGACAUAAUUUAUUAGCAGAGAGGUAUCUGGCUUUUUGAGUGUCAUGAUUACCAAAGUUAGUUUUGCAUGUUACCAAUUGUGACUCAUCUGACAGAGUACUGCAUUCCAAUUUUGAGGUCUAAGUCAGAACAUAUUUCAAGGCACGUAGAGUGGGGCUGUGGGAGCAGGUCUUAUCAAGCGCAAUUGAGGUGGGGAUGUAGGGUGAUGAGAAAAGCUUUGUCUAUAAAACCCCCAUAGCUCUUUUGAAGUUGGUAUGCCAAUUGGAAAAAGAUUCACUUUCUAUAAUCCUAGAUAAUCUUAGUUCAAUGGCUGAAAACCUAUGCUUGGCGUUUCUCCUAGUCUUUUCCAUCUGGAAAUCCCUUGCCCUUUGUCGCCCUCUCAAUGAGGAACACAUGCUGAAGAGGCAUGACGAAUGGAUGGCUCUGCACAGCCGCAUCUACGUGGACGCAGCAGAGAAGGAGAAACGCUAUGCAAUAUUUAAGGAAAACGUUGAACGUAUUGUAGCUUUUAAUAAUGGUGUGGAGAGAGGAUACAAGCUAGGUGUAAAUAAAUUUGCAGACUUAACCAAUGAGGAGUUCCGUUCCCUACACACUGGCUUCAAACGCCAGUCCCUCAAAUUGAUGUCCAAUUCAAAAUCCUCAACUUUCCGUUUUGGAAACGUAACCGCUGUGCCAACUGUUGUCGACUGGAGAAGAAAGGGUGCCGUGACCUCUGUCAAGGAUCAAGGCACCUGCGGAUGUUGUUGGGCGUUUUCGGCUGUGGCGGCUAUAGAAGGAUUAACACAACUCAAGAAAGGCAAGUUAAUUUCUUUGUCGGAACAGCAGGUUGUGGACUGUGACAUCAAUGGUGAGGAUGAAGGAUGUGAAGGUGGCCUCAUGGACAACGCCUUUCAGUUCAUCAAAAGCAACCGUGGCCUAACAACUGAAGCCAACUACCCCUACCAAGGGUCAGAAGGAGAGUGCAAAAACAAGUAUGCAACGCCUGCAGCAACCAUAACUGGUUAUGAAGACGUGCCGGCUAACAACGAAAAGGCCCUAUUGCAAGCUGUGGCCAACCAGCCAGUUUCUGUAGCUAUUGAAGGUAGUGGAUGGGCUUUCCAGUUUUACGAGAGCGGGGUCUUCUCUGGGGAGUGUGGCACAUACCUUGACCAUGCGGUCACGGCGAUAGGGUAUGGAACCAGCUCUGAUGGUACCAAGUACUGGAUGGUGAAGAAUUCGUGGGGUACGGACUGGGGUGAGAAAGGGUUCAUGAGGCUCAAGAGGGACGUAACUGCCAAGGAAGGUCUUUGCGGCGUUGCCAUGAAAGCUUCUUACCCAAUUGCAUGAAGAAGAAAGAACUUGGAAUACUGUUAUAUUAAGCUGCAACCUGUCAAUAUCAUGUAAUAUUCAUCAAGUGUAAACUAAUAUAAAUUUGUUUGUUAUGGUUCCUAUGUUUCUUGUACUUUAAGAAUCUGUACAAAAUAUCAGCAAUAAAGUAUUUGUUCAGCUUCCUA